AUGUUUGCAAAGUGCUUGGUUCUGCUGCUGUUUGUGCUUACUUCCUACGCUUCCUACGUCUUUAUCUCUUUAUACCAGAUAGUUAAGGUGCAAAUGAACACUAAAAAAAGAACAAUCAGCGAAAAAGAGUCUCUUCGUCUUUCAGAUGGCGUUGUUUUAUCUGUGGUAGUACACACUUUUAUUUUCAUUUCUUUCAUUGUUUCUAUUAAGCACAGCGAAUACACUCUUCCCGUAGACACCAAUACUCUAUCAUUUCUAUACUGCUGCACUGUAAGCCAGAAUAUAGACACAAUCAAUCCCUGCGUAUAUGCAUUAUUAGAUGCACUCGGCAGCGCAUUUAUGUACAGUGCUAUUUCCACAGCAGAUGCACUUACAGAUAGCAUUAUCAUAAGAACAGCAGUGGAAAUAUUGGUGGCAGCAUUCAUAGUAAAGAGUGAAGUAGAUCAGAAGCCAUGCAGUACUCCAAUACUUCACAAAUCACACAGAGUAACUCUUACAUUCUUUCCCUAUCUGCUGAAGAGACUGUUCAUACACGUGCUGAGGAGUGAUUCAGAUAGAUACUUUAUUAAAUCUCUGUUCAUGGUAGAAAAUAACAAAGACGUUUCAAAGGUAGAGCACUCUUAUGCAGUAGUCACCCUUUUGCAGCUGCUCCACACCCAAAAGAUAGUAGAGCGCAUCAUCACUGCACCAGGUAUCUAUUCUUCGUAG